GAUGCGCAUCUAUGGAAGCUUGAACGUUUUCUAUUCUCCAGUCGGGCAACCAAUCCAAUUCAACAAAAAAAUAAUUCUUGUGAAAGCGUAGCGGAAUCGGGAACUAUUGCGUCUUAGAAAUUUGAUUUCUUUGUAAAAUCAAGAUUGAAUAUACAAAACAUGUGCAUGAACUCUUGAUUUUCAGAUUUUAAUUGAUAACCAAACUGGGUAAGAUGGUGUCAACGAGGCAGAUGAGUAGCGUCGGCGGCGGCGGCGCUGGCUGCGGCGAGGGAGCUGGCCCUACGCACGCGGAGCCCGCGGCCGUGUCUCGCGUGACUCGGCACUCCAGCGCCCAGCUCCCGGGGGGGUCGUCGCCGCACUCCUCGGCGCCGCCGGCGCGCUGCUCGGCGCUGGUCCCAGCGCCCAAGCCCUACUCUACAAGCCUGCUAGACUUGCCCAUUGAAAUACAAGAGAAGAUAUUUCGUAUGAUGGGCUUUAAAUAUGUGUCCCAAAUCAGAAUGGUGAACCGACACUUUAAUACAUUGUGUAGUAGUAUAUUAAACUCUACGUUCCAACGGCUGCAGAACCAGAUGUUGCACAGAUUUCAGUCCAUCAAGGCCAAGAUGCCUCGCCGAGAGUCGGCACGGAGGAGCCACCCUCUGGCCUGCGAGUCGGACAUUAUCGAGACUUUGCACAUGCGACUGAGCCUUCUGCAGAUGACUUUUGGUAAACAUAUAGAGAGGAAACACUGCUGUUUUUUCCCUGGAGAGAUAUUGGAUGAAGUAUACAGUAUUCUAUCAUACUUGAAAACAACACAAAAACUAGCGAGGCCUUACAAAGUGACAGAUGAACUCUUCGAUUUGACCACCAUGGCCAUGGAGUACUUUAAGGAACACAUUGAACCUAACUUGCCAGAAAUAACGUAUUUUGGUACUGAUUUCUUCGACAUCACGACUGCAUUUUCACCCGGCGAGAGCAGUAAAUCAUACAUGUGCCUUGACUCGCCGCCGCCCAGCGGCUUCGAGUCCGGCAGCGCGGCCGCCAGCGCCGUCUCCGACCGCCGCGUCUCCAUCUCCAACCUGUUCAUGGAGGAGAGCCUCCCGCCCUCGCCGCCGCCGCCGCAGAGCAACAUGGUGCUGCGGAAGCGGAUACACCGCAUCAAGCAGGGGAUGAAGAAAUACAACGACCAACUAUCCGCCUUACGUAGCGAUCUGCGCAGCUGCAAACGCAAGACCGCACUACAACAAAAGCAGAUCGCCGAACAGCAGAAGCAGAUCGCCGAACAGCAGAAGCAAACGCUGGAUUACGCCAACCGUCUGGACGACUACGACAAGAAGAAUGAAGAAACUAGUCGCAAGUUCCAGACGCUGUUGCAGGAGCUGAACAAGUGCAAGACGGAGUUGCAGUACUGGCGCUCGCGCUCGCCCGCCGUGCCGCCGCUGUGCGCCGAGUGCGGCGCCGCGUUACAUCUCAUGCAGCCCGCUAGCAUGUGGGCGGCCGGCAGCAGUACGGAGCCGGAGCUGGAGGUGGCGGGCGGCAGCGACGCCGGGCCCGCCCUCCCGCCCCCUCCCCCUCCCCCGCCCGAGCCCGCCGCGCCGGAGCCCUUGCCCUUACCCACGCCCGCGCCCGCGCCGCCCGGCAAGGACCACAAGGCGGACAAGGUGCGGCCGCCGCGGCCCGAGCGCGCCGAGUCCUCCGGCGACGAGCGCUCCCCCGCCGCGGGCCGGCGCCGCGCCUCCGCCGACGCGCACACGCCCGACCGCAAGAAGCGCCGCCUCACGCGCCCGCGCAAGCUGUGAGGACUCCCCCGCACCCGCACCCGCACCCGCGCCGCACACCUGAUAUCCUGGAAAGGUAGGAGUGGCCCGAGCACUCUGACACGCUCCCCGCGGCCCCGGGCCGAAACCUGAACCGAAGUAUUCUUAAUGAGUUGCCGCCCGCGGUGGGCGUGUCGGCUGACCGUUUCUAGGUCUUAUGACGUUGCGUUGCGGCUUAGAAAUGGUCAGCUUGUUCCGACGUUGGCCUGGGUAGCGGUCGACUUUUGAAAGCUUAGUUGUUUCUUUCGAUGUUAUUCGGUGCUUUUUUCACUGACUCGACUGACUACGCGGGGGAACGACCGGGCCGUAUCGCUUCUAGGCAAACGGUGAGCUCCUAUUUUCAUCGAACUUCCCGACGUUCCAAAUAUAAAUUGAGCUAUCCGUAGUGGUCCGUUCGACCGAAUCUUGAUACAGUUCUGACGGGAAUCCGCCGCUCUCCGUUUACUUGAUUGCGCAAACAUCCAUCCUGACAUCCUAUAUGUCGUACUGACUCGAAAACGUAACGUUAAUAAUAACCUUGUAUAUAUAUAUAUAUAUAUAUAUAUGAACGUUUGUGCUCCCGACUCGAGUAAUAUUAUAAGUUAAAAUUCAGUACCGGACCGAAUUCUUGCUCGACAAGUGAGGUUUUUUAUUUUUUCUUUGCUAUCUCUAACUAUUGUGUUAGCUCGACAAAAGCUGACCUCGGUCUGUAAAUUUCUAUAACCCUACACUAGUAGUUGGACACAUAAAAAAUCUAAUACUAUAGAGCUCAAAGUUUAUACAUUAUUUUGUCUGAACGUAACCUUAACUUCUAGAGCUAUACGGUUGGUCGAAUAGACGUUUGCUGGAUGUUAUUUUCAUCUAUAGUUAUUUUACUUCAUUGCAUGUCAAAAAUAAAUUAUGAACUACGUCCAAAAUAACCUAUAUUCUUUUAACUACAUUGUGGCAAGGGUUGUAGUAAACUCAAAGCUGAUUGUAUGAUAAAACUAGCAUAUGAAAUUCAAGAUGAAUACUUAAUUAUUGGUAAUUUCUGAGCUUGUAUUUUGUCAUACAAUAAGCUGGUAAGAAGUUUGUUGAUUUACUAAACACGAUACUUUGAAUGUAUCUUACGUAUUCGUAUGUAAAUCUUGCAUAUAAUGUUAACGUUAUUUAUGUUACAAUUAGCAUUAUUGCUUUUGCAUUAUAUCAGCACUAUGGCCUAAAGUAAAAAUAAAACACAAUGUUAAUGCUGAUGCAAAUGUUAAGUUUGGAAAUUAUGAUUUCACAGACUGGCCUAUUUAUUUCUAAACAAGAAUCAGCAAUUUUACCUACUUGCGUAAUUAAAGUAUCAGAAAUGUAUCUCAGAGCAGGCCCUCUACAAAUUUGUACAGUCGCCUUCAGAUAUAUCGGAGCGGCCAAGGUGCUCAUUAAUAUUUGAACACGCCUCUAUUGUCAUAGCGUUUGUGUUCAGAUACUUUUAAGCAUCUUGGCCGCUCUGAUAUAUCUGAUGGGUACUGUAACAGUCUGUUUAAUAAUUGCUAUUGUAUCUGAACAUUUUAUUUCUUUCUCCAUUUUAUCAGACAUCUCCAAAACGACUAUCAUCAAACGACUUACCUUUUAUUUUUAUGUUCUAGUUAAGAUUUUAUUCUCAGGUCAUACACGGAAUAAUAAAAUUUUCUCUUUCAUUCCCAAAAGUUACAGGAACCUAACUCCUCCUUGUUUCGACCUAUUUUUGCAUAAACCACCCCGAUGUGGUUUUUGCCUAUAUCUUGUUAUUAAGUAUUUGUUUCAUCAAUCCUUUUACUUUUGCGAACAGAAGAGACAAUUUAGAACCUAAAUCUGCGUAUGACUCGCACCUUAAAACUUCUGUAGAUAUGUAUGCUUUAUAUUUACCUAUAUCAAAUUCUGUUAUGUUCAGAAACUUCAAACAUAUUUGCAAUAAUGUAAAAAAAAACUAAUUUAUUUAUAACUUAUGUCCUUACUUUUAAAACUUACAUAUUUUAAUGUUCUGCAUCGAUUCAUUGUUCUGAUAAGAUCAGAGGGCCUACCCACGAUGCCAAUCGCUUGCUAAUGAAACGGUAAUGUCUCUAUUACUCUUCCUCAAACGUCUGGCAUCUUGGCUAGGCACCCAGUAGUAUGGACACUCGAUGGAGUAGUUCAGGCAGAAGAAUGACUAAGGCUAGGUUCACACGGAGUAAAUUUUUCCUGUAUACCGUAUACGGGAUUUUAUCGAAUACCGUAGUAUACGGGGAAAAUUGAAGCCGUGUGAACCUAGUCUAAAUGCACAAUUAGUGAAUUGAUAAUAAAGGAAAUAUUAAAUGCGGUCCUAUAUUUUACCUCCAGGGCAUUGAAGAAUGAGGCAUUCCUCUAGAUAUGUGCAUUAUUACUAUAAGUUGUUCACUGCAGCAAAUUAUACAGGGUAAAAUUUUAAUCAUUAGCCAUACUAUGCGUAGUGACUUUAUAGGUCAUACUGGACAACUUUUAUUAAGAGACCAAUGCCGAAAUCGCGAAAAAAAAUUUGGCUAUUUCAUACAUUCCGGCUGAUGUGAUACCGCUGAUUUCUAUAGGACAGCCAAAUUUUUUCCGCGAUUUCGGCAUUGGUCACAUAAUAAAAGUUGUUCAGUAUGACCUAUAAAGUCACUACGCAGAGUUUGGCUAGUGAUUAAAAUUUCAGCCUGUAUGCAGGCAACAUUUCAGGGCAGUAUUCAAAUACCAAAUGGCUAGAUAGAUUUCUUUAUGGUGAAGAGUAAGUGUUGUAAUUAUUUUUAUAAUGCUUGUAUACUGCAGAAAGAAGGCACGUAAACAACAAAAUCAAAUGUCUCCCACGUGUAUCGUAUUUUCGUACAUUUUUAAUUGCGAUGUUGCGCUGUAUUCUUAUUUUAUUACAAAACGACGCAAAAUUAAACAACCACGGUGGACCACCAUUGAACUGUCUUCAAUAUCAUAGGGUGAGCGAACAAGCAAUGAAAUAUGAGAAAAAUAAAUAGGCGGGUCCACACAGAAGGAGCCGCCUCGCGAGGAAAUAGCCGCGCGGAGCCGCUCGGUCGGUAGAGACGUGCCUCGCCCGAGACAAUG